GUGGGCGCGAAGGAAUCAAAACAGAAAGGCCAGAAGUUGCCAGAAAAGAAGGUGCCAGCACAACGUACUUUUGUGGAGGAAAUCACCAAUUUGGCCAGCAACAUUGUCCGGCUUGGGGGGGGCAAACCUAGUUCUUAUGGAAAAGACAACCAUAGCGCCAAAUGCUGCCAGUCCACUAAGAGAAACAGGACGCAUGGUGUAAGAGAAGAAUACGAAGAAAGUUCAAGUGAUGAAGGUGACAUCAACGAAGAAAGCUCAAGUGAAUCAGAUUACAUCGAUUGCGUUACAUCAACACCCGAUUCUAUUAGUACAGUCGAACACCGUGAAAGUGCGCAAGAAAUUUACGCAGAAAUGAUCCUGAAAGGAAAAGCAAUCCGCUUUCAAGUAGAUUCUGAGGCGACUGUCAAUGUACUACCUGCAAAAUACGUAGGACACGAGGAGAUUUACCCGACCAAGAAGUUCUUACAAAUGUGGAAUAGAUCGGAAUUGAAGCACGAGGGUGUCACACGUGUCAAGAUCCGAAAUCCGAGGAAUGACAAGAAAUAUUCCGUGAGUUCGUCAUUGUGA